CAAUACAUAUUCUGCAUUAGAUUUAUGUAACCAUUUUUUUUUAACAGAGAUAAGAAUAGGACACUGGGACAAUUGAAAACAUAGAAACUAAGUCGUAAAAUUAUAUAAAGGAAUCAUUUCAGAAGAUGCAAUCAGAUGAGAGAAGUAGCGAGUUCAUGCAAAAGUUAGAUCUCUUAAGAGAUAAAAAUAGAUUAAAAUAUAGUGACUUAAUUUAUAUGCAACAAGCAGAACAAAUAGCUAUUGAAAGGGCAUUGAAAUAUAAAAACACUCGUAAGAGGUGUACUGUAGGAGGCUUGUGUUUAGGUGCUUUAGCAAUAGGUAUUUACGUAUACACGAUUCGUGCUGUAAAACAAGAAACUUUCUUGGAUGAUUUGAAUGAACCUGAAAAAAUAAUUGAGAAAAAAGUUUAGAUAACAACAUUAUACAUGCUUUAAAGUUAUUUUUACCAUUAACUCAUGUAAUUAUAUUCGCAACAUAGUAGAGAACUGUUGCUAAUUUAUUACAAGAUACGUAAAUAAAUUACAUCAAAUUAGCUUUCAUUUUUAAGAUAUAAAUCAGAGA